CUGUUGUAUUUAUUUCAGGGACUCCUGACCUUCAGGGGUGUGGCCAUAGAAUUCUCUCAGGAGGAACGGAGAUGCUUGAACCACAGUCAGCGGGAGCUGUACAGGGAUGUGAUGUUAGAGACCUAUGGACACCUCCUCUUCUUGGGUCUCAUUGUAUCAAAACCAGACCUGGUCAUCGUUUUGGAGCAAGAGGAGGAGCUGUGGGGUGUGAAGAGAAAGGAGACAGUAGCCUCACACUCAGGUAGGUGGGAGUGAAGCACAUGACACAGGUGAGGUCCAAAUGUGAAGGAGGAAGAUAGAUCUUAAAAUGUUGUUCAGGUAGCUCUCCUUGAAUGGAAUUUCAUUUGUGAAGCCUAGUUUGAUGUCUUUCCCUCUCACAGAGGGACAUCUGCUCUCUAACACAUCAUGCUCCUUGAUUCUCCAAGGAUUCUCCUUCAGCUCCAGUGAAGGUCCACCACAUCCCCGGUGAGGACCUCCAUAAUCUGAGAGCUUCUCCAUUGCUGUGAGAGCCCUUAGAGGAUCUCUCUGUAUUUCUGAGGAACUCUAUGCUAAGCCAUUUCUGAAUUCUGUUUUGCUUCUUGUGACAAGUGUGUCAAGGUAGCAGUGGGCAUAUUGGGUAUUGAUGCAGAAAUGUGGG